AUGAGAGAAGGUGGAUUGGGAAGGUUGCAGAAGAGGAUGAGGGGGAGGUUUGGGGAUAUGUUGAGUCCGGAUGAUGCGUACUUGAGCUACCAUGAUAUUCGAUUGACGCGAGAGGACAUGCAAACGCUCAAGAAUGACUGGCUCACAGAUAAUAUUAUAUCUUUCUGGGAGGAAUACCUCGAACGCGAAUUCCUCGUCCAAUACAAUACCUCCAACAUCGUCCUCCUCCGCCCCAGCAUGUCCUUCAUGAUCCUCCAGACUCCGAAUCCCCUCUCGUUACGCGAAGCGCUUCCUGAUUUCACGCAUACAACGCACGUCUUCCUUCCCAUAAACGAUUGCCGCAACGUCACCGAAGCUGAAGGCGGAACCCACUGGUCUCUGCUCUUGAUUUCGAUCGUGGACGGCGUCGCAUUCCACUACGACUCGCUGCCACCGGGGAAUCACUGGGAAGCGAACACCGCGACGAGAAAAUUCAGUAUCCUCCUCAACCGGCCGUUUCAGUUUGUGGCUCUGCGAGAUUCGCCGAUACAAGAGAACGGGAGCGACUGUGGGGUUUUUGUGUGUUUGAAUAUGCGGCAUUUGUUGCUGAAGCGGUUAUUGCUGGCUAAUGCUACUGAGAAGGUCAGCAUGAGUUUGGGUGGGAAGAAGGUUGAUGCGCGGGCUGGGAGGAAGGAGAUUGCGAAGAUUAUUGAGGGAUUCAGGAAGGAGGGGGAGAGGAGGCGCUCAUUGAGCCUAAGCCCACUAGGAAAGAAAUCGCAAAGUCCGCCACGGAUCGACUGA